GCGAAGGGCUCCUGUUAGAAUUUAGGGGAAAGAGAAGAAACUCCCAGCUGAAAACCACAGCGAUGGUUACUAUGGAGCGCACACACCGGGAUAAGAGACUUUAACGGGCCCGGCGAAGGGGAAUCAGGUGACUUUCCCUCGGGGCUCCCCCCCACCACCACGGGCGCUCAUGGUGCUGGCGCCGCGGACGGGAACUCGCUGGGGUCAAUUCAAGUCAUGCAGGCGGUAAGGAGCGCGGGGUCUCGGCUCCUGAGGUCAUGGGCUUGCCCAACGCCCACGGGCAGGAUAGCGGCCCGGGUGCCGGCCGCCGCCAUCCACACGGGCGCCCAGCGGCUGCAGGACGCGGCGGCCAAGCAGAAGGUGGAGGAGAAGACGGCGGCCCCGACCCCAACUCCGGCUCCGGCGGCGACCCCGGCUCCGAGCAGCAGCAGUUUCAGCAUUUACCCGCCAGUCCCAGGCCAGGAGAGCCCCCUGAGGUGGGCGGGGAAGAAGUUUGAGGAGAUCCCCAUCGCCCACAUUAAGGCCUCCUACAACAACACCCAGAUCCAGGUCCUCUCUGCCGCCAACCAGCCCCUUGCCCGCACCUCCUGCGGCACCGAGGGGUUCAAGAACGCCAAGAAGGGCACGGGCAUCGCGGCACAGACAGCGGGCAUCGCCGCCGCCGCGAAAGCCACAGCGAAGGGCGUGACCCACAUCCGGGUGGUAGUGAAAGGCCUGGGGCCGGGGCGCUUGUCCGCCAUCCAGGGCCUGACCAUGGGGGGCCUGGAAGUGAUCUCCAUCACGGACAACACGCCCAUCCCGCACAACGGCUGCCGGCCCCGGAAAGCUCGCCGGCUCUGAUGGAGGACCCUGACCCUGACCCUGACCGGGAGGCCCUCCUCCAGACCUGCAGAGAGCACGCUCGGAGCUCCCUGCGGGCGCCGUUGGCGGCUCAGCAGGAAGGGACAGCGCUGCCUCCUCGCGUGGCGCCUACUCGGACUGGAGACCCGCGUGCCCGUCUUCUCUUGGACACGGGGAGGGGGGCUGUGGCCCAGACCCCAACCAGUAACUGCUGCCCUGCCUAAAGCAAUAAAAGGUCUCUGCCAUCUGAAGUGAUUGUCAGACUUUUGCGUCCAGGCUGGCAAACCGUCACCCCACGUGCUCCUGAGAAAGGUUAGGAAUUGAGAUGAAACUCUAGGUGGAAGGGUGACAUGUAAACCGGCCACCACUCAGGGAGACCGGCCCGCUGGAAGGCUGACCAUCCAGCCGCCGCCCGCUGCCUCUGCCCCUCUCAGCAGCCCGGGUGCCCAGAACACAGGCGGGCCGUGUGCUCGCACGCCCCGCAGGCAGAGAAGAGGCGGGGCCGAGCAUGGGCACGAGCCAAGUGCUGGCACAGCUUGUGUGGCACGCUUCCUUGUUUCCUGGCAGCGGGUGCUGGAUCACUUCUAAGUGCAUCUGCAGUUCUGCUUCUGGCAGCUCCAAGCUGGUGGCACAGGCCUGGCUGCAUAAGGGAAGCUUCCCCUCCCCUCAUCACCCCUCUCUUUCCCUCCCCUCCCCUCCCCUGGC